UCCCAUCAGCUGUUUUUGUUUUGCUGUGUGAAUAUUGAAAGUUAAUAACACAAUAAUAACACUGUCGACUGACUGAAGAGAAACGGGGCCAUUAAGGAGGUGUAAUCGUCUGUCUUUUGUGCCGUUCAGACUCGGGAUAGUUCACUCGGUGUGUGAUGUGUGCCACCCGAGCUAGCCUGACCGGACAUUCCUCUCCCUGAAGAGUGUGAGCGUGGCGCUUGGAGUCGGGGAGCAGAGGAGGGGAAGCGGGGAUCGACCCGAGCCGAAGGCCUCCGACCUCGGUCAGCGAGAGGAGAGCGAAUUUUGGCGGGUCGGAUGGAGUCCCAGGACGCGCCGGACGGGCCCGGAGUGCACCGAGGCUUCAUCUGUGCCUCGUUUAACCAGGACACCACUUCUCUGUCAGUGGGCACCAAGACUGGCUACCGGCUCUUCUCAGUCACAGCUGUGGACAAACUGGACUGCAUCCAUGAGGGAGGUGAGUGUCCAGAUGUGUACAUAGUGGAGCGGCUGUUCUCCAGCAGUCUGGUGGUGGUGGUCAGCCUGUCCAUGCCACGGCGGAUGAACGUCUACCACUUCAAGAAGGGUACGGAGAUUUGUAACUACAGCUACUCCAACAACAUCCUCUCCGUCAGGCUGAACAGACAGCGGCUGGUGGUGUGCCUGGAGGAGUCGAUCUACAUCCACAAUAUCAAAGACAUGAAACUACUCAAGACCCUGCUCAACACACCCACCAACCCCUCAGGUCUCUGCGCUCUCUCCGUCAACCACAGUAACUCCUACCUGGCGUACCCCGGCAAUGCCACCAUCGGAGAGAUCACAAUCUAUGAUGCCAACAACCUGAGCACUGUGACGCUGAUUCAAGCCCAUGACAGUCCCUUGGCAGCCCUCACCUUCAGUGCCUCUGGCACCAAACUGGCCAGCGCUUCAGAGAAGGGCACGGUUAUCAGAGUCUUCAGCAUUCCUGAAGGACAGAGGCUGUUUGAAUUCCGGCGAGGGAUGAAGAGAUAUGUUAGUAUCAGUUCAUUGUCCUUUAGUGCGGAUGCCCAGUUCCUGUGUGCCUCCAGCAACACUGAGACGGUCCAUAUCUUUAAAUUGGAGCAGCACAGCCCCAGUCCAGAGGAGGAGUCUCCUACAUGGUCAGCAUAUGUGGGUAAAAUGUUCACAGCAGCCAGCACCUAUCUGCCCACCCAGGUGUCCGACAUGAUGCAUCAGGACAGAGCCUUCGCGACUGUACGACUCAACAUGUUCGGCCUGAAGAACAUCUGCGCCCUGGCAACAAUUCAGAAGCUCCCUCGCCUGCUGGUGGCGUCCUCAGACGGGUUUCUCUACAUCUAUAAUGUGGAUCCACAGGAUGGAGGCGAGUGUGUCCUUGUCCAAAAACACAGGCUGUUUGACUCCAGUGAGGAGCAGGUGGAAGAGAAGGAAGAGGACAAACCAGAGGAUGUCUCUCCCCAACCGCCCGGCCAAUCAUACGCUGCCACGGUGGCACUCCCUUCAACCCCACCCUCCUCCACCACUCUCAUGGGCUACUCUGAGGACGGUGGAGCCCAGAAGGGCGAGGUCAUCCCCGAGCAUGAAUUCGCCGAGGGCCCCGUCUGUCUUGAUGACGAGAACGAGUUUCCACCAGUGGGCAACCAGAGUAACUGACCAAACCCCCGGCGAAACCCUCCCAUCCCUGCGUAACAAUCAGACUCACUUGUUUCAAGCAGCGAGGAUGGACAAAAAUAUUGCUGACGUGUUGAGACAUUGUGGCACCCCCACCCUCCCACAUGUACCCCUGCUGGCCUAGGGUCAAAACGUGCCAGAGUGCUACUUCCUGGUGUGUCUCUAUUCUGCAUCCCUCCCACUUUUUGUAAUAAGGAAGAAAUAUGAAAAAAAAAAAACACUAAAAAAAUGAGUGGAAGGUCCAAACAUCAUUAAAAACAACAUUUUAAGCUGUUCUCUUAGACAGAUUCAAAGCCUGUCUCAAGAGUCUCACAGUUAACUCCCAUAUUACACCAUAAAAACUGUUAAUACUUUUUUAGAAUAAUGACAUUUUUGUUGCACAAUAUUAUAACGGUAGUAACCAGAUGAACAGGUGAUUGGUCCAGCAGAGAAUGAUUGAGCAGACUGAAUAAACCACGGAGGAGACAACAGGCGGGCUUGGCCUGCAGAUGUUGUAGAGUAACUAGGCGCCAGAUUCACAAAAAUGCUCUAAAGAGAGAGAUGAAGAAGUCACCAGAGAGGCAAUUUUAGCAGCUUCUUAUGAGCCAAAAUGCAAUUGAUAAUAAUCAGAAAAAAGUAAUAAUUUUUUAUGUACAUGCCUUCUUUUUCUGUCACUUCCAAAUCAUCUGAAAAUCUCUCAUCAGGGCAUUUUUGUCAGUCGUUAGGAGCUUAUCAAUGGGCAUUAAAUGCAUCACACCUUAAGACAGGAGAGCAGCAGUUCACUCGAGAAAGGAAAAGAUGUUAUAAGUGUGAGACACUAUUUAAAUCACCUUACAUGCAGUAAGCAUUACAUGACUUGUGGAUGCGGCUGCGAUAUUAAUCAUGGUAGCGAUAGAUGAGACUAAAAACCUGCAGAGUCACAUAAAUGUGAAAAGCUUGAUGACGAGCUGUACGUGACAAAGUUACAGGUCCGAGAAUUUCAGUGAUAUCCUGAAGACCUUUUUAUUUACGACACGAUGCUGAAUAUGUUAACAUGUAAGUCAUAGUCAUUUUUACUUUGAUGUAUUAAAUAUUCUUUUGCAAAAAAAAUGUUUUAAGUAUUACACAUCAACGCAUAGACUUACCAUGCGUAAUUAUAUAUUGAGGAUUUUUACUGUGUGUAUAAUGUAUAUAUAACAUUUAUAUAUAGUACUGUUGUAAUAAGUAACAUGGUAAUACCAUUUCAGUUGCCAAAAGGUGGCACUGUUAGGACACCCUUACGCUGCAUUGAGCUGUUCAGUACUGGACAUUUACCACAGAGACUCAUUAAAGCUGGGAAGUGAUUCAA